UCGAUUAAAGAGUCGACACACACGGAGUGAAGAUGGCGAUGAGCGCGGCGCUGCGGUGCCUCUCUGCAAACUUUUCCCCCAGACUGCCUCAGCUCUCGUCAGCAGCGCAGCUUUCAGCGACUCGGCUGCUGUGGAGGAGCGGCUCUCUGCGGGCACUGAACACGACCUCGGCCCUGUCCACAGCACUAAAGUUCACAGAUAAGCAUGAGUGGGUGCAAGUGGAAGGUGGAAUUGGCACAGUCGGUAUCAGCAAUUAUGCUCAGGAAGCAUUAGGUGAUGUGGUAUACUGUGGACUCCCUGAAGUUGGCCAAAGACUUGAACAAAUGGAGGAGUUUGGUGCCUUGGAAAGCGUAAAGGCUGCCAGUGAGCUAUACUCACCACUGACAGGGGAAGUGACUGAAAUCAACACAGAGCUGGCAGAGAAUCCUGGACUUGUGAAUAAAGCCUGCUAUGGAGAGGGGUGGCUAAUCAAGAUGACGAUUGAAAAGCCUGAAGAACUUGGUGGCCUCAUGGAUCAGCCUGCGUAUGAUACAUUUAUUAAGUCACUUGAAGAAUAAAUCCAUCAACUCACUGUGCUGUUUUAUAAUGUAAUUGCAAUCAAAGAUUAGUAGACACGGUUACUAACAUCUUGUGUGACACUCUUCCUUAUCUGUGGUAUUUAUUUUGAUACUGGAAUUGUGCUAUCAGAAUAAUUUUAAAUCCUCACUAACUUCUUAUACUUAGGUAUACUUACUUAAGGUUAGGAUUUAUUUAACUACUAGCCAGCCUAAAGGGUUCUUAAUCUCAAGAUCUGUCUGUAUUAUUGUGCUUUAUCUGGUGUUUUGCACCUUUUUAAAAUCUACACAAAUGUGUUAAAAGGCUGGAAAGUGAUUGUAAGUGCUGUGUAACAUUCAUUUAAUAAAAUUUGAGUUUGAGUUGA